AUGAGAUUCCAAACUAGACUCUUGAGUGCACUUGCGCUCUCAACUCUUUCCCAAGCAACUAAAAUCUAUGUCUCGUCAUACUCAGGAAACAUCACCAUCGUGACCGUGGCCCCCAAGGAAGGAGAAAAGGGUAAUCUGACCUUGACAGCCAUCUCUUCUACAGAUGGCUGCGCAUCGAACCCCUCCUGGCUCGAACUCGACCAAAAGACCUCCACUCUCUACUGCGCCGAUGAGGGUUUCCCAAAUCCGACCAACGCGACAUUCAGUUCGUUCGGGACUGGAGGCGCAGCAGGAAAUGGGUCCCUCGUCAGAUUCAAUAAAAUUACUACCUUGAACGGCGGCGUCUACUCAAAGAUCUACGGCAAUGGAUCUGUCCUUGCACUGGCGAAUUACGGCGGCUCAGGAAUCACCAUCAUCGACAUAUCUAAGCAGCAGGGUUCCCUCGACAUAGUCCAAGAAAUUACCUUCACGUUUCAAACCCCUAUUUACAAACCAGGCACAAACGAUACAAUAAAUCCCCACAUCCACCAAACCAUCAUCGACCUAACAAAAACCUUCCUGCUCGCUCCAGACCUGAGCGCCGACCUUAUCCAUGUCUUCAGCAUCUCUCCUUCGUACACCCUCCAGCGCCUUUCCACGCAAGUGGACCUCUCUGUCAAAAGGGGUCAUGGUCCACGACAUGGUGUAUCCUACCAGCUCGGACAUGGAAGCAAUAAGACGUACCUGUAUGUCGUGAUGGAGACGGCAAACAUGGUACACGGAUAUGAGGUUUUCUAUAAUGCGAAUAAGACUUUGACCUUCAAUGAACUUCAGGAUCUGCAACUUCCCGUGCCCUCGACUGCUGCGGCGGCGGAGAUAAGGCUCACUCCAGACAACAAAUACCUAAUCAUAUCCUCGCGGAACGACACCUCCUUCACCAUCCCACACCCCGACCCCCAAAACACCACCCACAUCCCCUCAGACAGCAUGUUCACCUUCCUCAUCUCGCCCUCCUCCGGCCAGCUCUGUCAAGUCCAACGAUUCCCAGCUGGCGGUCUCCUGCCACGGCAAUUCGAAAUCAACAAAGCUGGUACAAUGCUGGCUGUGGCGUUGAAUGGGGAUAAUCGCCUCGUGGUUAUUGGCAGGGAUGUGGCGAGUGGGGAUCUAACGGGCAUACUGGGGAGUCUGGAGAUCGAUGUUGAAGGGAAGGGACCGGGCAUGGUUACGUGUGCUGUUUGGGAUGAGGAUCAUGAUCACCAAGGUGGAUGGGCCGGUGGGAACUUAUCGGCGGCGAACCCUUCGAAGACUAGUUGGCCCUCACGCACUGCCCUCUCCUCAGCUACGGGAGCACCGGUAUCGACGCCGACACCAUUUCAACCGGGAAUGAUAGGCAAUUGCUCAAAGUUCCACUUGGUGGUCGAGUCGGAUACAUGUAGUAGCAUCGCAACAGCUGCCGGGAUCGCUCUCUCCGAUUUCUACGCCUGGAACCCUGCCGUGGGCAGUUCUUGUGCGACAAUGCUUGCGAAGAACAAUGUGUGCGUUGGGGUUGGGGCUGGGGCUCGUGGCUAG